UGAGUGUUAGGAAGGUUGUUUGGACAUGGGGUCAAAAAGAGCUUCUCUUGAAAACAUCAAGCUUGAUACUAAGACUCCCGGGAUAAAGGUUGACCAAUCCCAGACAGAAAGAAUGGGUGAAUCCCGGGGAGAUCCCAAGUGCAGGAGGCUUAUUUAAACUCCUCCCCGAACCCUCCCCAAACACGCCAGAGCCCGCCGCGCCAGUGCGCCGGACCGAAGACUUGAAGCACCAGUUCCGCAGGGGGACCGGAAAUGGGUUGGUACUCCCGGAAGUAGAGGAAGCUGCUGUGUAAUCGUUCCUAGGAACCGAGGUAGCUACGACUCCCAAAAUGCCGGAUUAUUUGGGAGCCGAUCAGCGGAAAACCAAAGAGGAGGAGAAGGACGAUAAGCCCAUUCGAGCGCUGGAUGAGGGUGAUAUUGCCUUGUUGAAAACUUACGGCCAGAGCACUUAUUCUAGACAGAUCAAACAAGUAGAAGAUGACAUCCAGCAACUUCUUAAGAAAAUCAAUGAGCUCACUGGUAUUAAAGAGUCAGACACUGGCCUGGCUCCCCCAGCUCUUUGGGAUUUGGCUGCAGAUAAACAGACUCUUCAGAGUGAACAGCCACUACAGGUUGCAAGGUGUACAAAGAUAAUCAAUGCUGAUUCAGAGGACCCAAAGUACAUUAUCAAUGUGAAGCAGUUUGCCAAAUUUGUGGUGGACCUCAGUGAUCAGGUAGCACCUACUGACAUUGAAGAAGGAAUGAGAGUUGGUGUGGACAGAAAUAAAUAUCAAAUUCAUAUUCCCCUGCCUCCCAAGAUUGACCCAACAGUUACCAUGAUGCAGGUGGAAGAAAAACCUGAUGUCACAUACAGUGAUGUUGGUGGUUGCAAAGAACAGAUUGAGAAACUAAGAGAAGUAGUUGAAACCCCACUGCUUCAUCCAGAGAGAUUUGUUAACCUUGGUAUUGAACCCCCCAAAGGCGUACUUCUUUUUGGUCCCCCAGGCACGGGCAAGACUCUUUGUGCUCGUGCUGUUGCUAACAGGACAGAUGCCUGCUUCAUUCGAGUUAUUGGAUCUGAACUUGUACAGAAAUAUGUUGGAGAGGGGGCUCGAAUGGUCCGUGAGCUGUUUGAAAUGGCCAGAACCAAAAAAGCUUGCCUUAUUUUCUUUGAUGAAAUUGAUGCUAUUGGAGGUGCUCGUUUUGAUGAUGGUGCUGGAGGUGACAAUGAGGUACAACGAACCAUGUUGGAACUUAUCAAUCAGCUGGAUGGAUUUGAUCCUCGAGGUAAUAUUAAAGUACUGAUGGCCACUAACAGACCUGAUACUUUGGACCCAGCAUUGAUGAGGCCUGGGAGACUGGAUAGAAAAAUUGAAUUUAGCUUACCUGAUCUGGAGGGUCGGACACAUAUUUUCAAAAUUCAUGCUCGUUCAAUGAGUGUUGAAAGAGAUAUAAGAUUUGAGUUGUUAGCACGGUUGUGUCCCAAUAGCACAGGUGCUGAAAUUAGAAGUGUUUGCACUGAAGCAGGGAUGUUUGCCAUCAGAGCACGACGAAAAAUUGCCACUGAGAAGGAUUUCUUGGAAGCUGUGAAUAAGGUUAUUAAAUCAUAUGCCAAAUUCAGUGCUACUCCUCGUUACAUGACAUACAACUAAUCAUUGGAAACUUCCAAAGUAAAUUAAUUGCUUCUCGAUUGGAAUAACUUGUUCUUAUAAAGAAAAAUCUCAGUUAUGUAGACCUGUUUAACCAUCAUAAUUAGUAUUUAAUAUACAAAUAAACUUUUUCCAAACUUUGG